AUGUUUUCCAUCCGAAGCCUGCCAACAAUGCGAUACAGGGAAGUGGCUGAGGAAGAUGGAAUUGAGGACAUGACACAACUGGAAGAGCUCAGUGAGGCUGCCGUGUUGUUAAAUCUGAGGAAAAGGUUUGACCAGGAGCUAAUUUAUACCUAUAUUGGCAGUAUCCUGGUGUCUGUGAAUCCUUACAGGAUGUUUAAUAUCUACGGGACAGAUAUGGUGCUGCAGUAUGAGGGACACGCCCUGGGUGAAAACCCUCCUCACCUUUUUGCUAUUGCAAAUAUUUCUUACACUACGAUGAUGGAUGCCAAACAGAACCAGUGCAUUAUUAUCAGUGGGGAAAGUGGCUCAGGCAAGACAGAAGCUACCAAGCUUGUGCUGCGAUACUUAACAGCAAUACAUCACAAACGCAACAUCACACAACAGAUUCUUGAAGCAACUCCCCUGUUAGAAUCAUUUGGAAAUGCCAAAACUGUACGGAAUGAUAACUCAAGUCGGUUUGGGAAAUAUGUGGAGAUCUUUUUGGAGGAGGGUGUGAUCAGUGGUGCCAUAACCUCACAGUAUCUACUUGAGAAGUCCAGGAUUGUGUUUCAGGCCAAAAAUGAGAGAAACUAUCACAUUUUUUAUGAAAUGCUUGCCGGCCUUCCUUCUCAGCAGCGGCAGUCAUUCUACCUUCAGGAAGCAGAGACCUAUUAUUACCUCAACCAGGGUGGGGACUGUGAGAUCCCGGGAAAGAGUGAUGGGGAGGAUUUUCACAGGCUCAUCGGCGCCAUGGAGAUCCUAAAAUUCACUGCUGAAGAUCAGGACAGCAUCUUUAGGGUCCUGUCCUCAAUCCUGCACCUGGGGAAUGUGUUCUUUGAGAGAUAUGAGGCUGAUUCCCAGGAGGUGGCAUCAGUGGUGAGUGCUCAGGAAAUCCGUGUUGUGGCUGAACUGCUCCAGAUCUCACCAGAAGCACUGCAGAAAUCAAUCACCUUCAAAGUAACGGAAACUAUGAGAGAGAAGAUAUACACUCCUCUGACAGUGGAAAGUGCAGUUGAUGCCAGAGAUGCAGUUGCCAAGAUCUUGUACUCCCUUCUGUUCAACUGGCUCACAGACAGGAUAAACAGGCUGGUUUAUCCAAGAAAUGAAGCUUUGUCUAUCUCCAUUCUGGAUAUUUAUGGAUUUGAGGACCUUACCUUUAACAGCUUCGAACAGCUUUGUAUCAACUAUGCAAAUGAGUAUCUGCAGUUCUUUUUCAAUAAGAUUGUAUUCAAGGAGGAGCAGGAUGAAUACAUUCGAGAACAGGUCAACUGGAAUGAAGUGACAUUCAGUGACAAUCAGGCUUGUAUCGACCUCAUUGCCUCAAAGCCCCAUGGGAUACUUAGAAUAUUGGAUGAUCAGAGCUGUUUCCCCCAGGCCACAGACCACACCUUCCUUCAGAAGUGUCACUAUCACCAUGGCAACAAUCCAUUAUAUGCAAAGCCAAAGAUGCCCCUGCCCGAAUUCACCGUAAAGCACUAUGCAGGAAGAGUCACUUAUCAGGUCCACAAAUUCCUGGACAAAAACUACGAUCAACUUCGCCAGGAUGUUCUCGAUCUAUUCAUCCAAAGCAAAAACAGGAUGGUGGCAAGCCUCUUCAUGAACCAUGCUGAGUUCCUCGGCCAGCAGAAGUCCCUCUUGAGGAAGAACAGCACCGUAACCCGACGCUACCAACCCUCCACGGUGGCUGCCAAGUUCCAGCAGUCCCUACUGGAGCUGGUGGAGAAGAUGGAGAGGUGCAACCCAUUUUUUGUACGCUGCAUAAAGCCAAACAAUAAAAAGGAGCCUGGUGUAUUUGAGGUGGAGUUGGUCAGCACCCAGUUACGUUACUCUGGCAUCUUGGAAACAAUUCGCAUCAGGAAAGGAGGCUACCCUAUCAGAAUCCCAUUUGAAACCUUCCUCAACAGGUACAAGGCCCUGCUGGGGCUACGACAGCCGCCUCCCCCAGAUGGAGAAAACUGCGUCAUAAUGCUGAAGAAGCUCUGUCCUGUCAAGAAAGGGUCAUAUCAGGUGGGAGUCACCAAGCUCUUCCUGAAAGAGGAGCUGCACCAGCUGCUGGAGAGCAAGCGGGACCGCGUCAGGCAUGUGGCAGCCAUCACCCUGCAGCGUUACGCUCGCAUGUUCUUCGCCCGGCGGAACUUUGUGAACUUCCGCAUGAAGAUCAUCAGGCUGGAGGCCCACUGCCGAGGUUACCUCACCAGGAAACGCUACAUGAAGAUGAGGCAAAGCCUGGUCAAAUUCCGCUCUUUAGUCCUCAUGUAUGUCAACCGCAAGAGGUACAUCAAGAUGAAGCUAGAGUCUUUGAGACAAGCAGAAGAAGAAAGAAUGCGAAUUGAAAUGGAGCUGACAAGACGAGAAGUAGUCAACGUCACUCACCUGGCCAUUCCUGCAGAGCUAGGAGGGUUAUUGCAAGCAGCAGCAGCGGGCAGAGAGCUGCACUCGGACUGCCUCGCUCUCGUUCAGGCCCCGAAGAUUCAGGUGGAGUCUGAGCUCACACUGCCUCUGGACAUAAACAACUACCCCAUCUCCAAAUUUGUCCAGGCUCAUUUCAGGGAGCCAAAGUUUGGGAUGUUGACAGCGCCACUCCAGACACCUCUCACCCAUGUGGAUGAUGACCUAAGGCAGUAUGCUCUCAGUGUCUUCGUAAUGGUUUUGAGGUUCAUGGGGGACCCUCAUCUCAAUGGUGCUCAGGAGAACCUGUUUGGGAAUUACAUCAUUCAGAAGGGGCUGUCCAUGCCAGGGCUAAGGGAUGAGAUCCUGUCCCAAAUUGCCAAUCAAGUCUGUAAAAAUGAAAAUGCAGACAACUCAGAGAGGGGGUGGCUGCUCCUGUCGGCCUGCCUGAGUGCCUUUGCACCAUCAGAGAAAAUGGACAAGUAUCUGCUGAAGUUUGUCUCAGACUACGCCUACAAUGGCUACAAAGCCGUCUGCCAGCACAGGCUUAUUCAAGCCAUGCAGAAGUCCAAGUAUGGCCCAGAGACUGCCAGGACCUAUCCACCGUCUUUGUUGGAGUGGACAGCCAAUAGGAAAAGAGCAAAUAUGGUGUUACAAGUGCACUGCUUUGAUGGUGCGUCCUUCCUGUGUCCUCUUCACUCCUGGACAAAUGGGGAAGAUCUGGCUGGGGACAUCCUGCAGCACAGGGGGGUGUCAGAGGGCUGGAGAGGGUGGUCUGUCCUCAUGAAGGAGCAUGGUCAGUGGGUGGAGCUCGAAGGACACGAUUAUGUCAUGGACCUCAUCUCUGACCUUGAGCUGAUGCCGGACUUCCCAAAGCAGAAAUCCUUCUUCAUCAUCUCUUUUGAGGACCCAUCCAGGACAAGACCCAACGCCACCAUAAGCCUGUUUGGGACCGGCUUUGAUUCAGACGAGGACAGUCCCCUUGCUCAUGCAAUGAGACAUGCACCUCGCUCUAGCCUUCCUGACUCUGACGGGUAUUACAGCCAUGAGGCUGACAGCUUUGGGGAAGCUCCGACCCAGAAGGGCAUGGACCGCUACCUUGACAGCCUCUUUGACCCAGUGCUGUCCUAUGGCAAUGGGGAUGUGGAGAGGGCAGCCAGCGUGUCCAACAGGAUGAAGGGGGGAGGAGGGAUCGGAGGGGGGAACGGUGACAGAGAGAAGCCAGGUACCAGUGGGCCUUACACCCCAGGGUGGCAGUCCGGAGCGGUGCCAGUGCUGCCCAUGGCGGGAGGGGUCAUGCCGGCGAUGCCAGCAAUGCCGGCGAUGCCAGCAAUGCCUGUAGUCCCCACUAUGCCCGUGAUGCCUAGUGUGCCAACUGUCCCCAGGAUGCCAGGUGCAGAACAAACUGUACUGGCACAACAGCAGCAAGCCAUUAUCAACCAACAGGCACAGCAGAUGACCAUGCAGGCCAUGGCCUUAGUCAGCAGCCCUGUGACCAGCCCUCUGACAAGUCACCCCACCAGCCCGCUCAUGAGCCCACCAACCAGCCCUCCGACCAGCCCACUGAUCAGCCCCUACGCCAACUACCCUGCUAGCCCCUACGCCAGUCACCCUACUAGUCCCCAGACUCAACACAGCCCACCCAAGAGUUUGACCCCCCUGCCCCGAGCCAACAUAUCCACACCGAUCAAAACAUCAAAAGGCAGCCUUUCUCGCAAGAAGGCACCUGCUCCUCCUGUGAAAAAGGAGAAACCGGCCCCGCAGAAAAUAGGCCCCAGCCGAACUGCACCGCCUGGAGAAGUGGUGAAGUCCUCCAUUACCAACUCAGAGCACAUAGUGCCAAGCCACAACAUCAAGGACAUUAUUAAACACUACCAGACACCUCCCCCAGAACAGCCAGUAGAGAUAAAAAGGAGGGAGGGGAAAGUGUUUGUAAAGAAGAUGGACCCCCACGAUGAAGCCAUGAUGAUCCUGAAGGGACAGAUGACCACUCAGCCCCCUCAGCAGAGAAAGCCCACUGCCAUUGCUUCUGCUGCAGCCCCAGCAAGGGAACAGAUCAGGGAGGAUGCUGGGGUGGUGAAGCCAACCAGGAGUGUGAAGGUCAAGAAGCCCCAGGCCCCAACGCCAGCGAGCAUUCAGAGGGCCCCCGGCCCCCCACCCCCACCAGUCUCCAGAGACCUUCCGGUGGAGGAGGAGACCAUUCAGACACAGUUGCACCGGAGGAGCAGUGAGGAACACUACACCUACACCAAUGUGCCCUGGAAGAUCUACCUCAGGAAGGAGGUGUUCUACCCAAAGGACAGCUUUAACAAUCCAUUAGUUUUGGAUCUCAUAUUCAAACAGAUAGUCAAUGAUACUUUUUCGGAGGCAUGUGUACGCAUCACCAAGGAGGAAAGGCUGAAAAUGAAAUCCCUGUUUGCGGAGCACAAAAUCGAGCCAAGCUCUGUCGCCCAGGAUGAGAGCGUGAAGAAGAAGAUUGUCACUGCUGCCAGGGACUCCUGGGAGAUUUACUUCUCACGCCUCUUCCCAGCCUCCGGUAGUGUGGGAACUGGAGUCCAGGUCUUAGCUGUAUCACACAGUGGAAUCAAACUGUUGAAGAUGGUGAAGAGCAGCGCUGCUGCCCCAGAUUACUUCAGAGUCCUGCGACCAUACAGCUACACAGACAUCAUGUUUGUGACAAUCCCUUCCAAAAACAUGCUGGAGUUCAACCUGACCAAUGAGAAGCUCAUUCUGUUUUCUGCUAAGGCGCCGCAGGUCAAAACUAUGGUUGACUUCUUCAUCACAGAGCUGAAGAAGGAUUCAGACUAUGUGGUGGCGGUGCGAAAUUACAUCACAGAUGACAGGACACUUCUGAGCUUUCAUAAGGGUGACAUCAUCCGUUUGCAGAUCAUGGAGGGCCUGGAUGAAGGCCACUAUUAUGGCUGUGUUGUGAGAAAGAAGGUGAUGUUCCUGGAGGAGUUAAAGAAAGACACACCUGACUUUGGCUGGAAGUUUGGAGCGAUCCAUGGACGUUCAGGGAUCUUUCCUGUGGAGUUUGCCCAGCCGGUAGCCGCUCCUGACUUCAUAAACCUGCCCAUGGACAGGAAGGAGGAGCCCAAGAACAAGCAGGGAAAGGUGGCUGCGUCUGCUGCGGUGGCUGUGGCUGUGGGCUCGGCUGUGGCAGCCUACGAACUGGAUCGCACCAUUGAGGUGGCUCCCAACAGCAGUGAAUUUACAGAUGGAUACGGAGAUCACAGCAACAUGGGGAUGGAUGAGGCUAUGCUGCAGGACAGCCAGUACAACCUGGUGGAGUUUGCCAAGAAAUACUUCAGAGAGGCCCAGAGGACAAAAAGUGAUUCAUUUAAACAGAAAUCAAAGAAGGGCAAGGAUUCCAGAGAACCAUCAGACAUGGUGAAAUAUUCCAAGACACCAAUUCAGGAGUCCUUGAUAGAUUUCACAGAUGAAAAUAUGAACAAAGUGGCAGCAGAAAUUUUCCUGGCUGUGAUGAAGUUCAUGGGAGACUAUCCUCUCAAAGGUCAGACGGAGCAAGACGUCAUCUGCAUGUUUCUAAGGCUCAUUGGAGAAUAUGGAUUGAUGAAGGAUGAGGCUUACUGUCAGGUCCUCAAGCAGAUCACUGCCAACACCAGCUCCAAAGCGGACAGCUGUCAGAGGGGCUGGAGGCUGUUGUACAUUCUCACAGCCUACUACCGCUGCUCAGAGGUACUGAAGCCCUUCCUGUUUAAGUACCUGCAGGAUGUCUGCAAGAGCCCCGGGGUCCUCUUCCAGGGAAUUGCUAAAGCCUGUGAGCAGAACCUGAGGAAGACGCUCCAGUAUGGUGGACGCACUGUAUUCCCCAAUACGAUGGAGCUGAAGGCCAUGAUGGCUGGCCGAAGCUCCAAGCGGCAGAUGUUUCUCUUUCCUGGAGGAACUGAGCGUCACUUGAAAAUAAAAACAUGCUCAAUUGCUUUUGAUGUCAUCGAAGAGCUGUGUUAUGAGAUGGCUCUGCACAGAUUGGAGGCCAUGGAUGAGUAUGCCAUCUUUGUGGUCACAAACAGAGGUCAGAAUGUCCGGCCACUGAACAAGAGGGAGUACAUCUUGGAUAUUGCCACGGAGGCUGAACAAAUUGACAGUAACUAUAGCUUCUGGUUCAGGAGAGUGAUCUGGUCGCAGCCUUUGAAGUUUGACAACGAGCUCUGUGUCACCAUGCAUUUCAAUCAGGUGCUCCCAGAUUACCUGAAGGCUCUGCUCAAUGUCGUGCCCCAGGGGAAGGUCAGCGAGCAGCUUCUACAGCAGGUCUCCAAGCUGGCUGCCUUACAACACCGCGCCAAAGACAGCAUCUAUAUCCCCACCACGCGUGAAGUCCAGGACUGCAUCCCCCCUCAGCUGUAUGGGCAACAGCGCCCGCAGCAGUGGCUGAACAUGGUUACCCAGCACAUGCAGCAGGUCCAAGCACUGAGCCCUCACCAGGCCAGAGCACAGUUCCUGGGGCUGGUCAGCGCCUUCCCCAUGUUUGGAUCCUCCUUCUUCUACAUUCAGAGCAGUAGUAACAGCUCCAUUGUGGCCCCCUGCAUACUGGCUGUCAAUCAGAAUGGCCUGAACUUCCUCAACAAAGACACCCAUGAGCUGAUGGUGAAAUUCCCUCUGAAAGAGGUACAGUCCACUCGCACCCAGAGGCCCUCGGCAGGGACCAGCUUUCCUUAUGUGGAGAUCAGUGUGGGGGACCUGAUGUCCCAGCGUGUCACUCAGCUACAGCUGGAGCAGGGCCUGGAGCUGUGCCGUGUCAUUGCCAUGCAUAUGGAGAACCUGCUGUCAGUGCGGGAGAAGAGACUAACGCUGCCCCCAAGCGAGAUCACCCUGCUUUAG